AUGUUUAUGGGCUCGUUUCCCCAAUCUACGCGAACCAACACCAGGUCGCCUCAAGUCACGAAACAAGUGACUACAACAUAUUUCCUAAGUUUCGAGUCCAGUGUGUCUUACACCUCUUGCCGUAACAUGUGUUUGCAGGACAACUGUAAUCAUCGGUUGACGGCCCCUUCAAACGAUACAACAUCGAGCACCGUUUGGCAAUACCGGGUCGGACUCGGCGGUCCAGCCACCGCCUCCUCUGCCGGGCGGGGUCAGUCACUUCAAACUCCUCCUCAGGCACCAUCGUCGACGGACUUUUCGAAAGCAGAAACGACAAAGACAACAAGUCUGAGUGAUGGCAAGGUUGCAGGAGAGUUGAAAAGGAGCCGAAACGAAGGGUCCACGCUCAGCGAGGACGUCGAUUUGAGGUUCAAGGCUGGCAGCAGCUAUCAGAUCGUCGAACGCUGGACGCAUAUCGAGGUUAGACACCGGUGGACGGCAGGUGAGUACCCAUGA